UCUUCAUUCUUAUGAUUCACCUCUGCUGUCGUAAACAAAUUCGGUAAUACGUGACCUACAUUAUAAUUCCGAAAAUGAAGAAGCGUGACUAAAUAUCAAGUGAAAUUGAAAAUAAAUACCAUAAGCUAGACACUUUUUACUCUUUGAAGAGUGGAAAUUGUUCUCCUCUCGCGUUAUAGGUUAAGUUCAAGAGAGGAAUAUAAAGGAAAAAAGAACGAACGUGCCUCCACGCGUUCAGGAUGACGUUACCCGGCAUCGGGGUGUUUGGCACAGGCAGCAUCGUCAGAAUCAUUAUACCCUUCCUGAGGGAGAAGGGCUUCAGAAUCGAGGCUAUAUGGGGUCGUACAUUGGCGGAGGUCUCGGAGGUAGCCAAUGACCUCCAAAUACCGUUUCACACAAGCCGCAUAGAUGAUGUUCUUCUGAGGAAGGACGUGGACCUGAUCUUCAUAAUGUGUUCGCCAAGCUUGCAUUCCCAGAUCGCUGUCAAAGCUCUAGGUAUAGGGAAACACGUUGUGUGUGAUAAACCUGCGGGUCUCAGUCAAAGUGAGGCCUUGAAGAUGGUACGGGCCGCGCAGUAUUAUCCUUCGCUUAUCAGCAUAGUUAAUCACAGUCUAAGGUUUUUACCAGCCUUCGUACAUAUGAAGAAAGCCCUGGAAGAUGGAUAUUUGGGUGGACCUGUAACAAUUAUAGAAGUGCGAGUGCACAUGGGCAGUUUAUUACACAAUGGAUAUGAUUGGUUGUGUGACGAUACAAUGGGUGGAGGAAUCUUGGCAUUGGUGGGCAGUCACGUUAUAGAUUUGAUUUUUCAUUUGAUGGGUCAACGAGCUUCGAAGGUACACGCUGUUGUGAGGACGUUUACUCAAACAACCAAGUAUAUUAAUGGGAUCAGGCACGUCACGUCACCAGAUUUCUGUAGCUUUCAAAUGGAAUUGAGUGGCGGUACUUUAGUCACGGCUACUCUAAGCAAUCAUUUGCAAGGUCAGCUUUCUCAAGAGGUAUUGAUAUGCGGAGGUGGUAAUCACCUGAUUGUUCGAGGCGGAGAUCUGUAUGGAUGUCGUGGUGAACAAGAGGAAAUCCUGUAUCGUGAUACGGAUGACUUACAAGGAAUAUCCUUACCGAUUGCGGACUCCAUACCCAGGCCUUACAUUAAAGGACUUAGGAAGAUGAUCACAGCGCUAAGAGAAGCCUUUCAAUCUGUGGAGGAUAAAAGAGGAUGGAUUAAAGAACCGGUCUUCUCCGCUUCUACAUUCGAAGAUGGCUUGUACGUGCAAGCGGUUAUUGAUGCGUUGCGACAGAGUAACAAACAACGUGGAUGGGUGAAAGUUAACAUUCUGACAGAAGAGCCGGAUCCGAAUCCUUUGCUGAGCGCUGCUGUCAGAGCUACAGCCAUCUCGAUAUAAGUCUG